AAACGCGAAGCGAGUACACGGUCCAGAAUAUUUUGACUCCGAUCAGUUGUGUGCCGAUUUCUGUUUGCGACGGUUGCUUGGAUUUUUCAGAAACAUAUAUAGAAAUGCGUCACACUCUACGGAACCAGUUGGAGGAGGAUGGCUACGUCGUGUUGGAAGAUUUUCUCCGACCGGCGGAAUGUGAUGAACUGCUGGCUGCUGGGCUGGAGCUGACUAAGCAAGCACCUGACUCCGACGACAAGACUAUCUUCUCAACUUUAGAAAAUGACAAACAACAACUGAAGGACAAGUAUUUUUUAGAAAGCAACGACAAGAUCAGCUUCUUCUUCGAAGCUCAGGCUGUCGGACCAGAUGGAAAACUUCAAGUGGAUCCCAGCGUAUCUUUGAAUAAGGUAGGACAUGCGCUUCAUCUCCUGCACCCCAUCUUCAGAUGCUAUACGUACAGCGAUAGAGUGAAAGCAAUUUGUCAUGAGCUCGGAUUCAGGGAACCCGCUGUAGUACAAAGCAUGUACAUUUAUAAAAAUCCUGGUUUAGGCGGGGAAGUUGUAGCACAUCAAGACGCGACAUACUUGUACAGUGAACCGGUUCCCCCAAUCGGUUUUUGGAUUGCCCUUGAAGAUGCAACAAUACAAAAUGGCUGCUUAUGGAUGGCACGCGGCUCCCACAAGUCUGGUGUCCAUAGGAGACUUAUACGCAACCCCGACAAGGAGUCCAAACAAGCUUUGAUAUACGAUAAAGGAGCGCCAGUGUAUCCGCAAUCUGGUUUCACACCGGUACCGGUUAGCAAAGGUACCUGUAUUUUAAUACAUGGUCACGUUGUCCAUAAAAGUGCCCAGAAUAAAUCGGACAAAAGCCGCCACGCUUACACGUUUCAUGUCGUCGAGAGGCACGAUAACGCUUAUUCACCAGACAACUGGCUCCAGGAGGGAGAGAACGCUCCCUUUCAAAACGUUUACACAACACCUCAAAUAGUUUAAUAACAUGUCAAUAUACAUUAAGUAGUAAGUGUUACUUGCUAUCAUUUUAAGACCAAACACGUCGUGUGACUUUUAAAAUCUAUAUUAUAGAAAAUUUAUUUUGGUCACUUAUAUUUUAAUUAAUAUUUGGAUCUUUAUUUACAUGAGCUUGUAAUGAUUUCGAUGGAAUUGAUAGUUUUAUCCGUAUGCUAUUGAGGUACCGUCGUCACCACCGCAUUCAUUUCGGCAAUGCACCACAUUGCCACAAUGAAUUUUAAAUAAUCAUUUUUAAAUGGCAACCCUAAGUAAUAGAUGAUAUAUUUUAUUACAUUCUAAUUUUGAAUCAUAUUUCAAAUACAUAGUACAUUAUUAUAAAAAUAAAUAUAUAUAUAAAAAAUAAUGGUUUUAUAAAAAAAAUAUAUUCAUUUUGAAAUUAUGCUUAUAGAAUUCUAUUACAAUUAUGUAUCUUUGACAUCAAUUGAUUAAUUAUUACGUUAUAAGUGGAACCAGUAUUUCCCUUCAAUCGGAAUUAUAGCCCAUAGAUUUUGUAAUAUACGGGCUAUAAUCUAAAAGGCUAUCCUUUUAACGCACCGUGUUCACAUGGGCUAUUGAAAUGAUUUCUUUUACUUUCUUACACAAUUGAUAAUUGUUUUAUGUCUUAUUGUUUCAUGGAAUAUUAAAUGACCAGAAAACGACAUUUGACGACUCGUCGUCAUUUUAUGUACAUUAUUUGAAGGACGUCAUUUGAAGUAACCUUAACAAAAUGCAUUAUUUUAGAAUCCAUUAGUAUCUUUCAUAUUCAUGAAGUUGAUUCAAAUUCGAUUUUGCAUAAUAUCUUUAAUAUUAAGUGUAAAUUAAAUUUGUGAUUAUAUCAAAUAUUAUUUUUUUAUUAAUAAAUAGCUAAUAAAUAGCGUUUCCAUUAUUUCUUUUCUAUCAUAUAUAAGCUCAUAAUGUUGGCUCAAAUAAGUAUAUUAAUAUUGUAAUCAUUAUUUUUACAUUUGUUAUAUAUAAAAGUAAUAAAUAAUCGGUUUUAUAUGUUUAACUGUGAAUUUGAGGUGCAAAUAUAAUGAUUUUUUUUUCAUCAUAUAUUUUGCGAAAAAAAAAAAUAUUAUGUUUUUUAUUAAAGUAAUAAAUACCAAAUGUUUUCCAUAAUGUGAUAUGUCGCGGUUUGCGAAUUUCAAUGUGAUACUUUGUACUAAGUAAACAUUAAACAUUA